AUCAAGCGACAACAACGUCUUGUAGAAUUAUCAGGUAAUCUUGCCACUGGUGUACGAUCUGUUGUUGCUGCUGCUUCAGCUUCCGGUACAAAUAUUACUGAUUAUUUAAAACCAUCCAAUAAAUAUGAGAAUACUGAGACUAAGUUGAAAAAACGUGGUAAUAAUCAUAAUCAAAAUGAUCAAACAUAUCAUAAAUUAUCAACAUCAUCAUCAUCACAACAACCACAACAACAAGAAGAAGAAAGCGAAAAUUUCACUGAAAAUGAAUUACGUACACUUGAUGCAGAAAAUCAAAUGUUAUAUCGACAUUUAACACAAGAAAAAGAUGAAUUGCAUCAAGUAGCUCAAAAAAUCUCUGAAAUUGGACAUUUAAAUCAAACUUUAUCGGAACAUUUAAUGGAACAGUUGGAG